AUGUCGUACAUCUCUUCCUCCAUUACCGGAACCACCAGCAUCCCAGCGUUCUCUAUCCGCUUCUCAACUCCUCCGUCCAAAUUCAGCUCCCUCCCCACAUUACACCCGUCUUCUUUCCGGCGGCCUACGCCUUCCUGUCGCCGGAGAAAAGCAGUGAAGCUACUUCCCUGUAGGUCGUCGAAUUUGGACGACGGAUCGCCGGCGAGCGAGGAGGAGGAGGACGAUUGGCGGGAGAGGGCUCCGGAUAAAAAGAAGCCACUCUACUCGCACAGCCUGCCUUGCAUCGAGGCUUGGCUCGAGGAAUUAGGGUUUCGCCAGAGCAAAGAAGACCGCGCCGUUUGGUUGGUGGAGAAGCCCGACUGGCGCGCUCAGCUCUCGCUCGAUCUGACCGACCUUUACAUCAGGUACUUGAAGAGUGGACCGGGGAGCCUUGAGAAGGAUGUUGAGAGGAGGUUCAGUUAUGCUUUGAGUAGGGAGGAUAUAGAGAAUGCUGUUCUUGGAGGACCUUAG